AAUCUGGCGGCUGUUCCCCAGGAAGGGGUACUGCUCCUGGGGGACGCAGCACCAGGCGACCUUGAGCAGAGGAUCACUGGGCUCCCCCUGUGUCAAGUGAAAGUGUUGAGUGAGAUGGGCCAAGGCCCCCACAGCUGCCACGAGUGGGGCUGGAGGAUGUUCACUGAACAGUUUGUGGACUCCAGGUGCCCCUCUGGGGCUCUGGGAAACACACACGUUUGAAAGAAUGACUGGGAGGGCAAGCUCAGCCAGGGCUUUGUGGAGGCUCUGAAGGCACUUGUGGGGAGCCCCCAUGUGUCUACUGCGGCUGCGGUCCGAGAGCAGCACGGGCACGAUGAGUCGAUGCACAGGUGCCAACCUCCGGAUGCUGUGGUGUGGCCCCAGAAUGUGGAGCAGGUCAGCCAGCUGGCAGCCCUCUGCUAUGGCCAUGGCGUGCCCAUCAUCCCAUUUGGCACAGGCACAGGGGUUGAGGGUGGAGUCUGCGCCGUGCAGGGCGGUGUCUGCAUCAACCUGACCCACAUGGACCGGAUCCUGGAGCUGAAUCCAGACGACUUCUCUGUGGUGGUGGAGCCAGGUGUCACGCGCAAAGCUCUCAACGCCCACCUGCGGGACAGCGGGCUCUGGUUCCCUGUGGACCCUGGUGCAGAUGCCUCUCUCUGCGGCAUGGUGGCCACGGGGGCCUCGGGCACCAACGCUGUGCACUAUGGCACCAUGCGGGACAAUGUGCUGAACCUGGAGGUGGUGCUGCCAGAUGGGCGGCUGCUUCACACUGCGGGGCCCGGCCGUUACUUCCGGAAGAGCGCUGCUGGCUACAACCUCACGGGGCUCUUUGUGGGCUCCGAGGGGACGCUGGGCCUCAUUACAGCUGCCACCCUUCGCCUGCAUCCUGCCCCGGAAGCCAUGGUGGCUGCCACCUGUGCUUUCCCCAGCAUCCAGGCGGCCGUGGACAGCACCGUACACAUCCUCCAAGCUGCAGUGCCUGUGGCCCGCAUUGAGUUCCUGGAUGAUGUCAUGAUGGAUGCCUGCAACAGGUACAGCAAGCUGAACUGCCGCGUGGCACCCACUCUCUUCCUGGAGUUCCACGGCUCCGAGCAGGCACUGGCAGAGCAAGUGCAACGCACAGAGGAGAUCACCCAGCACAAUGGAGCCUACCACUUCUCCUGGGCCAAGAAUGCUGAGGAGCGCAGCCGGCUCUGGGCGGCACGGCACAAUGCCUGGUACGCAGCCCUGUCCCUGCGGCCUGGCAGCAAGGGCUAUUCCACUGAUGUGUGUGUGCCCAUCUCACGGCUGCCGGAGAUCCUGGUACAGACCAAGGAAGACCUGAAGGCCUCAGGACUCACAGGAACCAUCACUGGGCAUGUGGGUGAUGGCAAUUUCCACUGCAUCCUGCUGGUAGACCCUGAGGACCCUGAGGAGCUCCUCAGGGUCAAGGCCUUUGCAGAACAGCUGGGCAGGCGGGCACUGGCACUCCACGGGACGUGUACCGGGGAACAUGGCAUUGGGCUGGGCAAGCGGCAGCUGCUGCAGGAAGAGGUGGGCGCCGUGGGCAUGGAGACCAUGCGGCAGCUCAAGGCCAUGCUGGAUCCCCGAGGCCUCAUGAACCCAGGCAAAGUGCUGUGAGGAGCUCUGAGCACCUGGCCCCCAGGCCCUCAGACAGUGGCACCUCCUGUUCUGGAAGCUCUUUUUACACCACAUAACAGUUCUGCCUUUGCCCAGACCCUGCGGGGGCCUUCGCCUGCCCAAGCAGCCCUUUUACUUGGAGAGGCCAGAGGGAGGAGAGAAGUCUGGAAGGCCAGCUCCUCCCAGGCCCACUUGCUGUCCUCAGGAGCCUUGGGUCCAGUAAAUGACUCAGGGUCAUUCCCAGCUUCACUGUUCUUGCACACGUCCUGUCCUGGCUGGGAGAGACUCCCCUCUUAGGAUGACUCCCCUCUGUCUCGGCCUCCCCAUUGCUGGGAGGAGUGAGUGACACAGCCUGGGGGACCCAAUACCUUUAGCCCUCUUCCUCCAUCUGCCUGGGACACUCCUUUGCUGAUGGGAGAAGUGACCUUCAAGUGGCUGCUACCAAUCACUGGCAAUGGAAGUGAUUCUCCUGGUACCACACCUCUCCAUGGUGUGAUGUAUUACACAACCAGCUUUUUUGCCCUCAACACCUGUACAGAGCACCUCGUCUGGGGCACAUGGCAGUUGUUCCCCUCUAAGCCCACGAGAGGGCACCCGACACCACAAAGCUCAGAUAGCACAGACUGCCUGGGCAGCGGUGCCCAGCACUUACCUCUGCACGGGUCUACAGCUCUCAGUCCUGGGCCCCCUACUUCUCAGGGUCUAGGAGGUGCCUGGUGUCCUGGAAACCAGUCUCUAAACUCUCUACCCGCUACAGGUCCCAGGACCCUAUAGCACAGGCCCGUCUCCCUCACUCUCUGACCUUGGCCCUUAGGAAAGGGGCUGAGUGAGGGAUGCUGGGGAGCCAGAGGCAUCUUCCACCUCCGCAUUCCCCGACUCUCCCCAGCCACCUCUGAGCCCCUUCCCUACCUCCACCCUCUCGGCCCCUCCCCACCUCUCCCCAUCAGCUGUUCAGGCCCCAGGGCGGAGGCAGCCCUCUGACUGGAGUCCCGGGAGUCCCAGUUGGUCAGUUCUUAGAACCCCUCUGUGCAAACACUGGGCUCCUCUGUGACGUCUCUGUCCCUUGGAUGGCAGCAGUAGCUGUGCAGUGGGUAGUGUGGGGCAAAUCUCCCAGGCCCUCCCCCCGAACCACCCAAUCUAACCAUCAGCCACGUGCAGUCUUGGAGACACAGCUCACCCGUGCCCUCCCCUCCACCCAGGUGCCACCUGCAGCCCUCCUGGGGCAGCAUUCUUCUUGGCAGGUUUCUCCCCUCCUGGGCAGGGCUCUUUGAUGUACCCCUCAAUGUCUGGCAACUAGUAGGUGCUCAGCAAGUGACCACUGCCCUGCAAUUCUUUAUUAAGAAAAAUUCAAAACAUACAGGAGAGUUGAAAGAACAAGUCCACCGUUCACUGAAAUACCAGCCACUGAAGAUUCAACAAUGAAUAUUUUUGCCUUA